CACCAGCUAGCAACUAAAAACAUGAGGAACAUGGCUUCCUUAAGCUCCUUAUUAGUGCUGCUCCUUGCAGCUCUCAUUCUCUCCCCUCAAGUUCUUGCCGAUGACAGCAAGUUCCCAGGAGAGGAACAACCAGUUUACAAGUUCCCACUUGAUGAGAAGAUACCUGACUACAAACCCUCGUCUUAUAAUCCACCUGAUUACAAAUCACCAUCUUACAAUCCACCAGGUUACAAGUCACCAUCUUACAAGCCACCUUCCUACAAUCCACCAGUUUAUAAAGCACCAUCUUAUAAUUCACCAGAUUACAAGUCACCUUCUUAUAAUCCACCAAGUUACAAACCACCAGUUUACAACCCACCUUCCUACAAUCCACCAAGUUACAAAACACCAUCUUAUAAUCCACCAGUUUACAAGUCACCUUCCUACAAUCCACCAGGUUACAAAGCACCAUCUUAUAAUCCACCAGCUUACGAGUCACCUUCCUAUAAUCCACCAGGUUACAAAGCACCAUCUUAUAAUCCACCAGCUUACAAGUCACCUUCAUACAAUCCACCAGGUUACAAAGCACCAACUUAUAAUCCACCAGCUUACAAGUCCCCUUCCUAUAAUCCACCAGUUUACAAGCCACCUUCCUACAAUCCACCAGGUUACAAAGCACCAUCUUAUAAUCCACCAUCUUACAAGUCACCUUCCUAUAAUCCACCAGUUUAUAAAGCACCAGUUUACAAGUCACCUUCCUACAAUCCACCAGGUUACAAAGCACCAUCUUAUAAUCCACCAGUUUAUAAGCCACCUUCCUAUAAUUCACCUGAUUACAAGCCACCUUCCUACAAUCCACCAGUUUACAAGUCACCUUCUUAUAAUUCACCAGAUUACAAAACACCUGAUUACAAGCCACCUUCCUACAAUCCACCAUAUGGGAAGUCACCUUACCCAAAGUACCCUCCAGGAUCCAAUUGAAGACACCUAGUAAGUUAAGGGGUGUAUUAAGUAUAUGCUAAAUAAGAGGUGUAUCAACAACGAUCGCCAUGCUCAUCAACAUGUAGUUUAGUUUACAAUUAUGGCAAGGUUAAUUACACCUGGCUUCUUCGUUUUGAUCGUUUGUGCUAUGGCCAAGAUAAAAGUGUCAUGAAUGUAUGAAUGUAAACGAAGAAAAUAAAAUGGUAUUUUGCACUCCUAAUUAUGAAAAAGAAUGGUAUUUUAUU